AUGCCGCCAGCUUCUUCGAAUUUAGUAUCCAAGGAUCGCAUCCGUACUUUGGCAUGGAAUCCAACGGGAACGUUGAUAGCAACCGGAUCUGUUGAUCGAACGCUGCGCAUCUGGAACCCGGAACGACCAGACGUGAGAUAUUCAACCGAUUUGCGCGGGCACGCUUCCGGCAUCGAACAGAUAGCGUUCAACCCCGUGAAGGAAUCUGAGCUCGCCAGCUGCUCAAAGGACGGAACUGUUCGCUUUUGGGAUGUGCGCUCAAAGAACUGCGUCGGCCGUGUCGAUGUUGGAGGGGAGGCCUUUUCCCUCGCAUGGUCCCCCGAUGGAAGCGUACUGCUUGCUGGGAGAAUGGAUGACACCUUAGUUCCCAUAUCCGUCGAACCAGUAGCCAUGUCUACCAAUCCUGCACCCAAUGCGCCAAAAGCGCCAUCAACCUACAAAGCAUUGUCUCACCAUAAACAACCUAUCCGUACGAAUGGGAUUGCAUUCUCACACUCUUUCGAACCAAAUCUUUUCCUCACUACCGGGGAUGGAACUGUCAAAAUCGAAUCUUACCCAUCUUUCAACACACUACAUACGCUCAAUGCCCAUACAGCCGCUUGUCUUUGUGUCUCGCUUGCUCCAACUGCGAGGUAUCUAGCCAUUGGUGGAGGAGAUUCACUUAUUUCCCUCUGGGAUACAACGAAUUGGGUAUGCCAGCGCACUGUCUCGAGUAAUGGUGGUGGAGCCGUUCGCGGUAUUAGCUGGAGUUGGGACGGACGGUUUAUAGUGGGCGCCUGUGAUGAAACCGACUGCGGAGGCACAGGUUUGGAAAUAUUCCAUGCUGAGACCGGAGAUAGUGUAUACACUAUACCAACGGGCAAUUCCAACGUUGGGGUCCCUGCCGUAGCCUGGCAUCCAUCCCGCUAUUGUCUUGCGUACUCUCUCUAUGCAGAGGGUAUUGGGAGUGGAAAUAACGGCCUACGCAUCGUAGGUGCCGGUGCAGGUGACUUCUGA